CGCUGAACAGCUGAGCUCAGAGCCGAUCACUCUGAACUAGAACUAGAACCAGGACCUGAACUAAUCUGGGACCAGCCAUGGACAGAGUCGUCCUCCUACUGUCAGUUGUGUGUCUGGGCGUCUCCUCUCAGCCAAUCACAGACAGCCAGCGUCUGUUCUCCAUCGCUGUCAGCAGAGUCCAACACCUCCACCUGCUGGCUCAGAGACUCUUCUCUGAAUUUGAGAGUUCUUUGCAGACGGAGGAACAACGUCAGCUCAACAAAAUCUUCCUGCAGGAUUUCUGCAACUCCGACUACAUCAUCAGUCCGAUCGACAAACACGAGACUCAGCGAAGCUCCGUUCUGAAGCUGCUGUCUAUCUCCUAUCGUUUGGUCGAGUCCUGGGAGUUUCCCAGUCGUUCUUUGUCUGCAGGUUCUGCUCCGAGGAACCAGAUUUCACCGAAGCUGUCUGAACUGAAGACAGGGAUCCUGUUGCUGAUCAGGGCCAAUCAGGACGCAGCAGAGGUGUUCCCUGACAGCUCUGCCCUCCAGUUGGCUCCUUACGGAAACUAUUAUCAGAGUCUGGGUGCCGACGAGUCGCUGCGACGAACCUACGAACUGCUGGCCUGUUUGAAGAAGGACAUGCACAAGGUGGAGACAUACUUGACGGUGGCUAAAUGUCGACUGUCGCCUGAAGCAAACUGCACUCUGUAGCCCCGCCUCUCCUCAGCGAAGCCCCGCCCUUGUCAAUGAUGUAAUUAUGUGUGCUGUGAAACCCUGCCUCCACAUUUGCAGACUCUACUAACCAGCAUUAGCAGUAGCAUUAGCAUAGCCCUGCUCAUUUGUUUGUUCUAACAAGUCGAGUGAUGAUGGUGUCAUCUGAGAUGUUAUGAUGUCACUGUUAUGACAACUGUGAACAGGAAACAAUGUCAUACUGUCAGCGAGUAAAAUAAAGCGUGUUUUGUGUUGCAUCAA